UUAUUAAUCUUCUUGUUAAGUCUCUGAGAAAUAUAUUUAAGCAAUAAAAUGGUUUUCUCCCACUUUAUAAGAUCAGUUCUUUUUAUUUUCAUUGUUUAUCAUCUUUCUUGCCCGGCUUUAUCAAACUCAGAACCAGAAGAUAUUACUAUCGAUGUGAACCAAGCCCAUAAACUUCUUCAUCAUGGCUACACUUUUCUCGAUGUCAGAACUGGUGAAGAAUUCGAGAAAGGCCAUGUUGAUUCAGAGAAAGUCUUUAAUGUUCCCUACUGGUUCUAUACUCCACAAGGUCAAGAAAAUAACCCAAAUUUCUUGAAACAUGUCUCAUCUCUCUUUAACCAAACGGAUCAUCUAGUCGUGGGAUGUAAAUCUGGAGUUAGAUCUUUGUAUGCUACCAGGGUUCUUGUUUCUUCUGGAUUCAAGAGUGUAAGAAACAUGGAUGGUGGUUAUAUCGCUUGGAUGGAGAAGAGAUUUCCAGUUAAAAUGGAACUCAAGCACGAUGAGCUCUGAUUCAGAUAAUCAAAGAUGGCAUGUUAAACUGAGUUUGCAAACUUUAGAUACUGGAGAUUUUAAGGUUGAGAUUUCAAAGAGAAGAAAAAAUGGGCAGGCCGGGCACUGUAGCUCCAGAAUCAAGAAUGUAUAUAUUCCCCGAGACAUAUUGAGAAGACUCGUGAAUUAGAUAGCGAACCAGAGAGGUAAUCCCCGGAUCCACGGUCUGUUGCACCUUUAAUGGGAUAGUCCUUUCAGUCACAUUCUUGAGCCACUUUUUCUGCAUAAGAGCUUGUGUCAUCUCUGACUCCAAAAGCCCUGGUGCUAUAGAAUUCACUCUAAUAUUGUAAAC